UAAAAUAAACCCCCACCAGCGCCAUGUCUCCUCCACUUUCACUCAACGGCUCUCUCCUCAGUCCUCAGUACAUUCUCGCUCUUAUUGCUUUAUUUCCUCAAUCUCUCCAAACCCAGAUCGGAACUUCUCUCUGUAUAGUGUUUGACGAACAAGAAUGGCGGCUGAAAAUGGCAGCAGGAAGCUGAUAGUUGAAAUCUGCAACGCCAAUAACCUGAUGCCGAAAGAUGGGCAAGGAACGGCCAGUGCUUACGCCAUAGCUGAUUUCGAUGGGCAAAGAAGGAGAACCAAGACCAAGUUCAGGGAUCUGAAUCCUGUCUGGGAUGAGAAGCUGGAGUUUCUGGUUCAUGAUGUUGAAUCAAUGGCGUCGGAGAUGUUGGAGAUCAAUCUGUACAAUGAUAAGAAAACUGUGAAACGAAGCACUUUUCUCGGGAAAAUCAAGUUGUCUGGUAGUCUUUUUGUGAAAUCCGGAGCUGAGAGUCUUGUUUAUUAUCCCUUGGAGAAAAGGAGUGUUUUUUCCCAGGUUAAAGGUGAGAUUGGUGUUAAAGUUUAUUAUGUUGACGAGGAUGCGGCUCCCGUGUCGGCGAAGACUGCAGCGGAUCAGAAAGAAGAGACAGUGGAGGAGAAGCCCCCGGAGGAUGAAAAGCCAGAGGAGGAAAAGAAAGUAGAAGAAGAAAAGACGAAAGAAGAAGUACCCAAAGAAGAAGAGAAACCAAACUCUCCGCCGCCGGAGACUAGUAACCAACAACCACAAGAGACUGCCGCAGAUUCAACUCCAGAGGCAAAUCCAGCGCCGGCAGAGUUGGAGAACAGAUCAGUGGCAAUUAAAGAAGAGUCGCCGGCAGAGACAGAAAAAGACAAGGCUGAAACAGGAAAAAGCACUGAACUUAUCAUCAACGACCUAGAACUCAGAUCACUCUCCGGUGAUCACAACCGUAUCGGGUACGAUCUCGUAGACCGUAUGCCAUUUUUAUACGUAAGAGUCGUAAAAGCAAAAGUAGCCAGCAAAGAACUGGCCGGUUGUCCCCUCCAUGCCAAGCUAGUCAUUGGCACUCACAAUAUCAAAACAAAAACCCAAAUCGACAAAGACUGGGACCAAGUUUUCGCAUUCGACAAAGAGGGACUGAGUUCAAGCACUUUAGAAGUAUCAGUUUGGAUUGAAGAAGAGAAAAACGAAGAACAGAAGGAAGAAGCUUCUUCAUGUUUAGGAACGGUGUCGUUUGAUUUGCAAGAAGUGCCGAAAAGGGUUCCACCAGAUAGUCCGUUAGCUCCUCAAUGGUACAGUCUUGAAGAAUCCGAUAAGUCAGCCGGAAAUGAUGUGAUGAUUGCCGUCUGGUUCGGAACUCAGGCCGACGAAGUCUUCCAGGAAGCUUGGCAAUCCGAUUCGGGUGGGUUGAUACCCGAGACCCGAGCUAAGGUUUAUCUCUCUCCAAAGCUUUGGUAUUUGAGACUAACGGUUAUCCAAACCCAAGAUUUGCAGCUUGAUUUAGGUUCCGAAGCUAAGGUUCGGAGUCCAGAAGUUUAUGUCAAGGCUCAGCUUGGCAGUCAACUUUUCAAAACUAGUAGGACUCAAGUCGGGUCGGCAUGGAAUGAGGAUUUGGUAUUCGUGGCCGCUGAGCCAUUUGAGCCAUUUUUGGUGGUCGGCGUUGAAGACGCCAGUAAUGGUCAGGCAGUUGGUGAGGCUAAAAUCCACUUGUCAACCAUCGAUAGGAGAACCGACGAUAAAACGGCGGUAAAAUCAAAGUGGUUCAAUUUGAAUGGAGAUGAAAAUAAGCCUUACGCAGGGAGAAUCCACGUCAGAGUCUGCUUAGAAGGUGGGUACCACGUGCUUGAUGAAGCUGCUCACGUGACUAGCGAUGUUCGAGCCACGUCUAAGCAGCUAGCUAAACCUCCCAUUGGGUUGCUCGAUGUUGGGAUUGGAGGGGCGAAAAAUUUGUUGCCGGUCAAGACCAAGGAUGGUACAUGUGGAACCACGGAUGCUUACGUGGUGGCCAAAUAUGGGCCCAAGUGGAUCCGUACACGUGCAAUUCUCGAUCGGUUUAAUCCGCAAUGGAACGAGCAAUAUACGUGGGAUGUAUACGAUCCAUGUACAGUACUUACCAUAGGUGUAUUCGAUAACGGAAGAUAUAAGGGUGAGAAAGAUCUAUGUCUUGGUAAAAUUCAUAUACGGUUAUCGACAUUGAAUACGAAUAUGGUAUAUCGAAAUUCAUAUACUCUCACGGUAUUGUCACCAAGCGGGGCCAAGAAAAUGGGUGAGAUUGAAUUAGCCGUUAGAUUUUGUUGCUCAUCAUGGCUAAGCCUAAUGCAAGCUUAUGGGAGCCCAAUGUUACCAAGAAUGCACCAUGUUAGCCCCUUGGGUCCAGUCCAACAGGAAACUCUGCGCCACACGGCUAUGCGUAUAGUGACGACUAGGUUAGCCAGGUCCGAGCCAGUUCUGGGACAAGAAGUGGUUCAAUCCAUAUUCGACAAUGAUACACACGUCUGGAGCAUGAGGAGGAGCAAGGCAAAUUGGUUCAGGGUCGUGAGGUGUUUGUCACGUGUGGCGAGUUUGGCACGUUGGAUAGACGAGAUUCGCACAUGGACCCGCCCUUCGACUACGAUUUUGGUUCACGGGUUGCUCGUAGCCAUGGUGAUAUCUCCGCAUCUAGUGCUCCCUACUAUAUUCUUGUACGCUUUCUUAAUCCUAGUGUUGAGAUCUCGUAGUCGACAAAUCCAAUUCAAUGUGGACUCGAGACUAUCCUAUGUAGAAGGUGCAAGUCUGGACGAGCUCGACGAAGAAUUCGAUGAAUUUCCAACCACAAGAUCAUCAGAUACCAUACGAAUACGCUAUGAUCGUCUACGAGCAGUCGCGGGCCGAGCUCAAACAUUGUUGGGUGAUUUGGCAGUCCAAGGGGAGCGUUUAGAGUCCUUGUUUAGUUGGAGGGAUCCAAGAGCUACUGGCAUUUUUGUAGUGUUUUGCCUAUUUGCUUCAUUGUUUUUCUACCUUGUACCAUUCAAGGUGUUUGUGUUAGGGCUAGGAUUUUACUACCUGCGACACCCUAGGUUCCGAGGUGACAUGCCAUCGCUUCCUAUCAUCUUCUUUCGGCGACUACCGUCGCUUUCCGAUCAAAUUAUGUAGACUCUUUAU